GCGCAGUGGGUUCGGCCAAGAAGAAAGCAGCGGGAGUUGAUUAUCUCCCGCCAUGGCGAAUGCCGCCGUAGCCAGUGUAGGUAGCGCCCUUAGUGACAGCCUGGUGAAAACCGCUAUGGCUGACUCGGGUACGAUGAUGGGCGGGGAGUUGGGGGCCACGUUGGUAUCUCCUUGGGCAGCCCAGGUUUUCAUCCCAGCUGCAGCUCUCAUUGGGAUGGCGUUUGCCAUACUGCAAUGGUCCGUGGUCGCGAAAAUUCCGGUGCGAUCGGCCGCGGCCGGUGAUGACUAUUUAAUGGCGGAUGAGGGGGGGCUCGAGGAUGCCAGCGUGAUUGCGAAGGUGGCGGACAUUCAGGAGGCGAUCUCCCUUGGAGCAGUGUCGUUCUUGACGACGGAGUACUGGUACUUGACCAUCUUCAUGACGCUGUUUACUAUUAUCAUCUUCGUCUUCCUUGGAUCCGUCGACGGGUUCGGGAGGGAGUGGAAACCUUGCGAUGCAAAGGUUCCCACUGGGAAGAUGUGUGCGCCAGGCACUGCCGUCGCAUUCUUCAGCGCCGUGGCCUUCGCUCUCGGUGCACUGACUUCCACCCUGUCGGGCUUCCUGGGCAUGAAGAUCGCAACUUACGCGAAUGCCAGGACGGCCCUGCAGGCUAGGAAGGGCAUUGGCGCGGCCUUCGCGGCUGCCUUCAGAUCUGGCGCUGUGAUGGGCUUCCUGCUGACGGCGAACGGCCUGUUGGUGCUGUUCUUGGCGAUUCUUGGGUUCAAAAAGUACUUCGGCGACGACUGGGUUGGACUGUACGAGUCGAUCGCGGGAUACGGGCUUGGCGGAUCGUCCGUUGCUCUGUUUGGCCGUGUGGGAGGUGGCAUUUACACGAAGGCGGCUGACGUCGGGGCUGAUCUCGUCGGCAAAGUGGAGCGCAACAUUCCCGAAGACGAUCCCAGGAACCCUGCCGUGAUUGCCGAUAACGUGGGUGACAACGUGGGCGACAUUGCAGGCAUGGGGGCUGAUUUGUUUGGGUCUUUCGCAGAGUCCACGUGCGCGGCGUUGGUCAUCUCCUCUCUGUCCUCCAUGGGCACGGACUUGGAUUUCACGGCCAUGAGCUUUCCUCUGCUGAUCACGGCUUCGGGCAUCAUUGUCUGCCUCUUGACAACCCUCGUGGCCACCGACAUUCAGGUCGUUGAAAACAUCAAGGAGAUUGAGCCGAGCCUGAAGAGGCAGCUUCUCAUCUCCUCGGUGCUGAUGACGCCCACGAUCUUUGCGGUGUCUUAUCUGUGCCUUCCUGCGCAGUUCAGCAUCAUCGUUGCCGGGCACGAGGACAAGGUGGUGAAGAACUGGUACAUGUUCUUCUGCGUGGCGGCCGGUUUGUGGGCGGGACUGAUCAUCGGGUACAUCACGGAGUACUUCACCAGCCACCAGUACUCGCCAGUGCGCGACGUGGCGGAUGCGUGCAGGACGGGAGCUGCAACCAACAUCAUCUUCGGUCUGGCUCUGGGUUACAAGUCUGUGAUCAUCCCUGUGUUUGCCAUCGCCGGCGCCGUCUACCUCUCCUACAGCCUGGCGGCCAUGUACGGCAUUGCGUGCGCAGCACUUGGAAUGCUCAGCACUCUGUCCACCUGCCUCGCCAUCGACGCCUACGGCCCCAUCAGCGACAAUGCCGGUGGGAUCGCCGAGAUGGCAGAGAUGGGUCCAGCCAUCCGUGAGAAGACGGACGCGCUGGAUUCGGCUGGGAACACGACUGCUGCUAUCGGCAAGGGCUUUGCGAUCGGGUCGGCUGCGCUGGUGUCGCUCGCUCUGUUUGGCGCCUACGUGAAUCGCGCCGGCAUCUCGGAGGUGAACGUGAUCGCACCGAGGGAGUUCGUGGGUCUGCUCGUGGGGGCGAUGCUGCCGUACUGGUUCUCGGCGAUGACGAUGAAGAGUGUGGGCAAGGCGGCUCUGGCCAUGGUGGAGGAAGUGAGGCGGCAGUUCAACACCAUUGCGGGCCUGAUGGAGGGAACGGUGAAGCCGGACUACAAGAAGUGCGUGAUGAUCUCCACGGACGCGUCGCUCAGGGAGAUGAUCGCUCCAGGCUGCUUGGUGAUGCUCACACCCAUYAUUGCGGGUUACCUGUUCGGCGUGUACACGCUAGCAGGUGUUCUUGCGGGCGCCCUGGUUUCCGGAGUGCAGAUGGCCAUCUCCGCCUCCAACACCGGCGGAGCGUGGGACAACGCGAAGAAGUUCAUCGAGGCAGGCAACACGGAGCAGUCACGCGCGCUCGGGCCGAAGGGCUCCGCAUGCCACAAGGCAGCCGUCAUCGGAGACACCGUGGGCGAUCCCCUCAAGGACACGUCGGGCCCAUCUCUCAACAUCCUCAUCAAGCUCAUGGCAGUCGAGUCUCUUGUCUUCGCACCAUUCUUUAAGGAGCAUGGCGGCAUUCUUUUCGGUGGCAACAGUUAGAGCGGUGUUAAUCACCCUGGAGAUUUUUGCUGUUUUGGAGCGUGUCUGCUUUUAGCGAUUUCGGGCUAGGGCACGGAAUCGGCCAGGCAAUCAAAAUACUCUCUUUCCCCGACUUCCUGCCCCCUGGUUACAUUGUAAUCGCUGGCGACGUAACGAAGUUUGGAGGUUGUUAACGUCCUCAACGACGCUCCAAUAUAGUCGGUGCAGGGAAAGGAAUGGCUUUUUUCUCCCCCGAUUUUGAGGAGAUACUAGCCGGCCCAGGUGGAAGGAAAUAUGUUAGCUAACUACAAGUUUCUGGCAUUUUCAUUCGUGCUAUUUGUAGAGUCUCUCUCUCUCGGAAUAGUGCUGCCUUUGAAAUGUCGUGGUCUGCUUUUAUUGAUUAGUUCCUUGAUCGCUUGCCGUAAGAGAAAGAGCGCAUAUGGAGAGUUGCGCGCUCGGGGAAAAAGUACGAUUGUAAGAAAUACUUCGGAUGGUUUGGAGCAGGCAUAUCAUUAUGUUAUAUAAUCCCAGGAGAUGCGUAGCAGGGAGGCGUGUGGGCGGUUGACCAUAGGAUGGCAGACCUUCGUCUUUGUUGAUGCUUUUCUCGAUUUGUGCGUGUCUUUCCUCUCGAUGGAAUUCUCGUUUCUUAUUGGCGACGAGGUUUUUUCGUCUUCUGCCGAAUACGAUCUGAAAUGUGAUCUGUCGACGACUCGACGUCCGUUCUAGUCAUAUCGAGUGUCUAUCUGUUGACCUGUGCUGGCAAUGUACUCGCGGUACCGAUCGUUUGGUUGGUUGCCCACUUCUUUCUUAUGUUGAAGGUCGUGUCGAGCUUCGCGUUCGACCCCUGUCCGAAGUUAUAGCGCGCUGGUUUUCCUUGUACGCGGCAUGACAUAAUGUUUGUAACAACGAUUGUUACAAACAUUAUGUCAUGCCGCGUAGGGACCAGAGGAAAUAUGGUCUUCUCUGUGAGGAAAGGCUGGCUUUCUCCGAAGUAUGGUGGCGUGAAUACGGUCCAUUUGAAAGUGAUUGGAGGGAGGGGACCGGAGGGAACAAACGUAGGGUUCCGGA